AUGGUUGCUCAGAUUUUAGACGGCAAGUCCAUUGCUUUAGAUCUUCGUACAAAGAUACACGAUGAAGUUGCUCAAUUCCAGUUGAAACAUCCCGACUUCAAACCCAACUUGUCUAUAAUUCAAGUUGGAGACAGACCUGAUUCAUCAACCUACGUCAAAAUGAAAUUAAAGGCUGCCGAAGAAGCAAACAUUGGCUGCGAAAUCAUAAAAUUGCCAGAGAGCAUCACUGAGUUUGAAUUGUUGAAUGAAGUUGCGAAAUUGAAUAAUUCCUUGGAAGUGGAUGGAAUUUUGGUUCAAUUACCAUUACCCGAUCACAUCGAUGAGUCAAAAGUUACUGACGCGGUUUUAUCAGACAAGGAUGUUGAUGGUUUUGGUCCUUUCAAUGUUGGAGAAUUAUCCAAAAAAGGUGGAGAGCCCAAAUUUUUGCCUUGCACACCAAAGGGAAUAAUGCAUUUGUUGGAAGUGUCUGGUGUUGAUGUUGAAGGCAAAACUGCUGUUGUAUUGGGAAGGUCCGACAUUGUUGGUAAACCAGUUGCCAAUUUACUCACUAAAGCCAAUGCUAGUGUCACUGUCGUUCACUCAAGAACUCCUAUCGAACAAGUGAAGAAUUUUUUGGGCGAAGCAGACAUUGUUGUAGCUGCAAUUGGCCAACCACAAUAUGUCAAGGGCGAAUGGUUGAAACCAAAUUCAGUUGUCAUUGACGUAGGCACAAAUUUCAUCCCCGACAGUACUAAAAAAAGUGGUCAAAGAAUGGUUGGUGACGUUGAAUAUGAAACUGCCAAAGAGAAAGUUCAAUUGAUUACACCAGUACCUGGAGGAGUUGGUCCAAUGACUGUUGCCUGUUUGUUAGAUAACGUGGUUAUUGCAGCCAAGAGACAUUACAAGGCCAAUAACGAGACUCCAAAAUUCACCAACCCUUUAAAGUUGGAUUUGAAAAAACCAGUCCCUUCAGACUUUGAAAUCUCUCGUGCUCAACAGCCAAAGCGUAUAACACAAGUUGCAGAAGAAGCCGGUAUUUUGGAUGCUGAAUUGGAACCGUUUGGAUUUACCAAAGCAAAAGUUUCUUUGGAUAUAUUGAAAAGAUUGCAAAAUAAAAAGAAUGGUAAAUACGUUCUUGUUACUGGGAUUACACCAACCCCAUUGGGUGAAGGUAAAUCAACCACAACAGUAGGUUUAGCACAAGCUUUGGGUGCGCAUUUGAACAAAAACGUAUUUGCUAAUGUCAGACAACCAUCAAUGGGUCCCACAUUUGGUAUUAAAGGAGGUGCUGCUGGUGGAGGUUAUUCACAGGUUAUUCCCAUGGAUGAAUUCAAUAUGCAUGUCACUGGUGAUAUUCACGCCAUUACCAUGGCAAACAACUUGUUGGCAGCUGCUAUAGAUACGAGAAUGUUUCACGAAGCUACUCAAAAAGAUGGUCCAUUGUAUAGAAGGUUGGUUCCAGAAAAGAAAGGCAAGAGAACAUUUACUAAAUCCAUGUUGAGAAGGUUGGAGAAAUUGGGGAUCAACAAGACCGAUCCAAAUGACUUGAAUCCAGAAGAAAUAACUGCAUUUGCCAGAUUGGACAUUGAUCCAGAGUCGAUCACCUGGAAGAGGGUUGUUGAUUGUAAUGAUAGGUUCUUGAGAGGUAUUACAGUAGGUCAAGCACCAACAGAGAAAGGAUUCACCAGAGCUACUGGUUUUGACAUUACCGUUGCUUCUGAAUGUAUGGCUAUAUUGGCAUUGGCUAACUCUUUAGAAGAUAUGAGGGAAAGAUUAGGAAAAAUGGUUAUUGGUACUUCAAAACAAGGAAUUCCGGUAACAUGCGAGGACAUUGGAUGUGCCGGUGCCUUGACUGCAUUAUUGAAAGAUGCUAUCAAGCCAAAUAUCAUGCAAACAUUGGAAGGUACUCCUGUUUUCGUUCAUGCUGGUCCAUUCGCCAAUAUAUCCAUUGGUGCUUCAUCCAUUUUAGCAGAUAAAAUGGCAUUGAAAUUGGCUGGUACCUCAAGCGAUUUGACUCCAGAAGAGAAAAAGGAACAGGAAGGAUAUGUUGUUACUGAAGCUGGUUUUGAUUUCACAAUGGGUGGAGAAAGAUUUAUCAACAUCAAAUGUAGAUCAAGUGGCUUAGCUCCCGAUGUCAUUGUUAUUGUUGCCACUGUCCGUGCAUUGAAAGUCCAUGGUGGUGGUCCGGAAGUUAAAGCAGGUGCACCAUUGGCUCCAGAAUACACCCAAGAAAAUGUUGAGUUAUUAAGAGCUGGUUGCUCAAACUUGGCUAAGCAUAUUGAGAAUGCCAAGUCAUAUGGUUUACCAGUUGUUGUUGCUAUCAACAAGAUGUCAUCCGAUUCCGACAAGGAACAUGAAGUGAUCAAAGAGGAGGCUUUGAAAGCUGGUGCUGUUGAUGCAAUUGUCUCCAACCACUGGGAAGAAGGUGGAAAGGGUGCUGUUGAUUUGGCCAAGGGAGUUAUCGAAGCUGCCAAUAGACAAGAGAAGAAUUUCCAUUUCCUUUACGGUACUGAACCAUCGAUUGAAGAUAAAAUAUCAACCAUUGCUAAAGAGAUGUACGGAGCUGGUGAAGUGGAAUUCUUGCCCGAGGCGCAAAAGAAGAUUGAUUUGUACACAAAGCAAGGAUUUGGUAAAUUGCCAAUUUGUAUUGCGAAAACUCAAUACUCAUUAUCACAUGAUGCAAACUUGAAAGGUGUACCAACUGGAUUCAAGUUUCCCAUUAGAGAUGUUAAAGCAUCAAUUGGAGCUGGUUACUUGUACGCUUUAGCGGCUGAAAUUCAAACCAUUCCUGGUUUACCAACCCACUGUGGUUUCAUGAAUGUUGAAGUCAAUGAAGAAGGCGAGAUUGAUGGAUUGUUUUAG